CGCAGGUCGCUGAAGGGAGAAGUGAAUUUCGUAAGUGCAGCGGCGAGGGAGUGUUGCCGUUGCGUGGAACAGCAUGCACUACCUGACACAAACGCGACAACAGGGGCGCAGCGUUCGCCGUUCUGCUGUUCGUCUGUGGAAGUCCGUCAUUCUGCCGGACCGUCAAGACCAGUCUUCCACUACUAGCAGAAACUCGUCGGCGACCAACAAGUGUCCAGAGGAUUCAGAGGCACCAAAACCAAACCUAAAAAUGUCGAAGGCUUUAAGCACAAGUGCCAAGAGGAUCCAGAAGGAGCUUGCGGAAAUAACAUUGGACCCACCACCUAAUUGCAGUGCGGGACCUAAGGGAGAUAACCUCUAUGAGUGGGUGUCGACCAUUCUUGGCCCCCCAGGAUCGGUGUACGAAGGUGGAGUCUUCUUCUUGGACAUUCACUUCAGCCCAGAGUAUCCUUUCAAACCACCGAAGGUUACAUUUCGCACACGCAUCUACCACUGCAACAUUAACAGCCAAGGAGUCAUAUGUCUAGAUAUCCUCAAGGAUAACUGGAGUCCAGCCCUUACCAUUUCCAAAGUUCUACUGUCAAUAUGUUCUCUACUCACGGACUGCAACCCAGCGGACCCACUGGUGGGCAGCAUCGCCACACAGUUCAUGCAGCAAAGAGAGGAGCAUGACCGCAUUGCCCGACUGUGGACAAAGCGCUAUGCUACGUAAGCUUAGAUAGCCAAGUAGUGGUUGCAACGACUUUAAUUAUUGCAGUGUACACUCUCCUCCUUCCUUCCUGUCUCCACCACCAAAGUUUUUUUCGUCCUCUCAUCCCUCUGCGGGGAUCCACAUCAGGCUUGUUGUGAUGCCAGUGGUGUGUGCAUGAGUCAGCCUCUGCUAUUUCUUUAUCGUUCACUUUUUUUUUAUAUAUAUAUAAAUAUAUAUAUGUGUGUGUAUACAUAAUGCCUGGUGCAUCAUGCAUCUAUUCUAGGGCGAAAAGAAAGUGAGAUUCCUUUUGCACAAGCAACUCGUUUGAGCAUCUGUAUAUAGAGUAUAUUUUUCGACGUUAUGCCCAUUUUGUAACUUAAUCAUAUGUUGGCUCCUUGUUUUUGGCUUAAAUAUGAUUUGUAAAUUGCAAUAUUGUGAGGAAAUGUGAAGUAGUGGCUGCUUUGGUAUUGUGAAGCAAUUGCCAAAAAUACUAGAAAUAGUGCUGGAGAGAGCUUCCUUGACCUAUCCUUGCCCCUUCUACAUCCCACGCCCCUUUUUUUAUCUACUUACGUUAGAGCUUGUUCAUAGUAAGGGCGCUCCUCCUUUUAGUGGAUUACCAAAGUGGUAAUGGACAUGUAUAAUUUUGUGACCCCUGAUAUAAGUACAGAAAACCAGCCAGUUGGCAUAAUCUCUGUGCACUUUUUAAGGCCAUCUUUCGAACUGUGCUCGUAAUCAAGAACACGUUGGACUUUAUGAGUGGCCGGUGUGCAUGCUGUUUGCACAGAUUGAAUUGUGUGCCGUUUUAAUUCUAUCUCUGUGUACAUGCGUGUGAUGUCGUAUCUACAUGAGAGAAUGUUUUUACUGAUAAGACUGAUGCUAGCAUGCUGAGAGGUUUCAUUCCAGUUGUACGCACUGAAGAAUGAAGUGGCAUGAGGAGUGAACCAAUUCUGGUGGACUAAAACGAGUGCAACAGGUUCUUCUGUUGCUUGGAUGUGUGUGUGUGUGUGGUCAGUGUUGAGCUUUCUUUUCCGGUGGCUGUUGUCUCAGGGGGUCGGGGGAGUUUACUGUUUACAAGCUUUCACAUCGGGAACACUGUGUUGUAGCUCACAUCAAGUGAGCUUUGUGUGGCAGCAAAAUUUUUUACUGUAGAUUCUCGCUGUUACGUUCCCGGGUGCUGCAUUUUCCUGGUUGUUUUCGGCCGCUCCUGGCAUAGCUCCCAUAGGACCCAGUUGGUAAACCCGCUGUUGCGUCGCAACUGUGGGACCACAUCAUGUGUUUCGAACUGCCGGCCCGAGUUGCCAUGUUGACUUUUCAUGUAGCUUGGCUUGGUGGCUUGAAGAAGGGAUUGGCCGCCAAAAUGGCCGGGGGCGACACCUAUGAUGUAUGAGGAGGAGGGAUAGGGAGUGGGCAUCAACUGCAUGGUUGCGCGGACCGUAUCUUGAAAGCGAUCUGCGUUGGGGGCAGAGUCUAGACAGUGUAGGUGCAUCGGCGGGUCGUAGCUUUGUGCGUGCUGUGGGUUCUCGGCAGGGUGUCGGAAUGAAAUGUUUUUCGUUCUGGUUUUAGUUUUGUUCCACUGAAAAACGUUCUGCUCCAGUUCUGAUCCAGAACGAAAAAAAAUUAACCCGUAAUGGUUCAUGCGGUGAUCGAGUGUCAUGUCUUCAUGUUUGCCUGUGCGCGCUGUUAGUUUUGUUCCACUGAAAAACGUUCUGCUCCAGUUCUGAUCCAGAACGAAAAAAAAUUAACCCGUAAUGGUUCAUGCGGUGAUCGAGUGUCAUGUCUUCAUGUUUGCCUGUGCGCGCUGACACCACGCUUGUUAAUAUAGUUAAUAAGCGAAUGUAUAUACUGUCGAUAAAACGACUAUCCGUACUUUGCAUAGCUGUCUAUGAAUUUGCUAUUGCGAUCGAUGCUUCGGCUUCCGGGCAAAACUUCGACUUUUUUUUUUUUUUUUUCUAAAUAUAAGAAUUGAAUUUUGUGCAGUUCAGCACUACACUCAUUUCUCAAUUUUCCUGUUUCUCGGCUCUUGCGUUUUUUGACGGUCCCGUGAAAAACGUAGCAGUGGGGUUCUACUGUAGGCAAUUUUUCAUGCAUUUUUCCCCAUGUAAUUGUGUAGCUACAGAUGUGUCAGUUCUGUUUGCUUGUUACAUAGUGAUUGUGGUGUUGUGUAAUUUAAAUCUUCUAUACAAAGUGCAUAAACAAUAAAAAAAGCAAAAA